GCUUCCAGGAUGUGCACGCCAUGGUCUUCGUAGGCUUUGGCUUUCUCAUGGUCUUCCUGCAGCGCUAUGGCUUCAGCAGCGUGGGUUUUACCUUCCUCGUGGCCACCUUCACCCUGCAAUGGGCCACGCUGGUCCAAGGCUUCCUUCACUCCUUCCACGGCGGCCACAUCCACGUUAGUGUGGAGAGUUUGAUCAAUGCUGACUUCUGUGCGGGAGCUGUGCUCAUCUCUUUCGGGGCUGUUCUGGGCAAGACAGGACCAGCCCAGCUGCUGCUGAUGGCCCUACUGGAGACGGUGCUGUUUAGUGUCAACGAGUUCAUACUGCUCAGCCUCCUGGGGGUGAAAGAUGCUGGGGGGUCCAUGACCAUUCACACAUUUGGGGCCUACUUCGGGCUGUUCCUCUCACGGGUCCUCUACAGAUCCCAGCUGGAGAAGAGCAGGCACCGCCAGAGCUCUGUCUACCAUUCUGACCUCUUUGCCAUGAUUGGGACCAUCUUCCUGUGGAUUUUCUGGCCCAGCUUCAACUCUGCGCCCACAGCGCUCGGGGAUGGGCAGCAUCGGACAGCACUGAACACGUACUACUCGCUCACCGCAAGCACCCUCAGCACGUUUGCCUUGUCAGCCCUUGUCAGUGGGGACGGCCGACUGGACAUGGUCCACAUCCAAAACGCAGCACUGGCUGGAGGGGUCGUGGUGGGGACGUCAAGCGAAAUGAUGCUGACACCCUUUGGGGCUGUGGCAGCUGGCUUCCUGGCUGGGACUGUCUCCACCUUGGGGUACAAGUUCUUUACGCCUGUCCUUGAGUUCAGAUUCAAAAUACAAGACACGUGUGGUGUCCACAACCUCCAUGGGAUGCCAGGGCUGCUGGGGGCCCUCCUGGGAGUCCUGGUGACUUGGCUGGCCACCCACGAGGCUUAUGGAGAUGGCCUGCAGAAUGUAUUUCCGCUCAUAGCCGCCGGCCAGCGCAGCCCCACAUCUCAGGCGGUUUAUCAGCUCUUUGGGAUGUUUGUCACACUGCUGUCUGCCGCUGUCGGGGGCAGCCUUGCAGGGCUCCUGCUGAGGCUGCCCUUCCUGGAUUCCCCUCCAGACUCCCAAUGCUUCGAAGACCAGGUUUACUGGGAGGUGCCCGGAGAGCAGGAGGCUGAGGUCCAGAGGCCUCUGCAGUCUGAGGAGACCCAGGCCUAAUUGCUGCCAGCAUGACACUGUCUUCAGAGAGAAUGGCUUCUGCCGGCAUGACACUGUCCUUGGAGAAGACAAUAGCUCUGCCAAGAGGCCCUUCUCAGCCCUUGUUACUAUUUUACAGGGAGGUCUAGAGCCAGAAGGGGCUUACCACCUCUAGGUGGAUCCCCAUUAGCUUGCUCCUGUAGUCAUAAUAGGCCCAAGUCAGCCCUAGAUGACUGCUACCGCACUGGCCAGUGUUACCCUGUCCCAGUGACACCUGAACCAGGCCCAUUCUGGGUGGGAGACUGGAUGAUAAAUAACACCAUCACCAAGGACACUGAUACCUUCCAUUUGUCUCUUCCCUUUGGCUCCCGAGGCCAAGUUCUUGAGGCAAUCAAAGAUCUUAGUGUUGACAAAGCCUCCUCAGGUCCACAUGCUCCUGGAUAUAUGUCCCGGAUAGUUCCACCCUCUCCAGUGGGGCGUCAGUGUCAGAAAGUCUGUGCUUGUUUUAGCCAGCUAAUGCUACCCCCAAAUCCUUCCUGGUCCUUCCUUAACUGCUGCUGCCCUGGCCCUCAGCUGGGUUCGCUUCUGAGCAGAGUAGAAAAAGGCCCAAGAAGGGCAUCAGAAGGAGUGUCCUACCACAAAAUCUCAGAACCAGAGGCAACUGAUGCCAGUUCACAGUUGAUGAUGAACUGGCAUCAUCAACUGAUGAUGGAUCAUCAGUUCCAUCAUCUGUUGGAUGAGGAAGGCGCCUGGAAUCCCGGUAGCCUAAACCAUUUGACCACAAGAGGGCACUCUAAAACCAGCAGAAGAAGAUGCCAGCCCCAGGUCUCACCUAGGUCCCUUGCAACCUAACCUUCCUAGCUGCCACAGUCUUCUCUGAGCUCCACCCCUUCUGUGUGUCAGAUGAUGUCAGAAAUUCCAUAUCUCACUCACUCACAGGGACUCCCCCCCAUCAGGAGGGACUGGGACCCCUCUUCCUUCUCUCACUUGGCCUACUAGUGGGCUUCUGGCAAUCACAGACACAUCUACCUCUAAACUAAGGUCCUUCCGAGCUAGGAAGCCAAAGGGGAAGAAGUAUCCUGGAGCCCAGCCUCUGAGAACGGCAGAGUUGCCCAGGGUUUACCUGGGCUCUCUGGGUUCAGGUGGAGAUGCUCUCCAGGGAGCUACCCUCUUGUUCCCUCAACCUUCUCCCCUCAGAGAACCCUGCCCAUUGCUGGGUGAGGAUCCCAGGACUGACGCAGAAAGCUCUUAAAUCACUGUGGAAAAGCAGUUGGGAUAAUUGGGACCCAGCUCGGAUGGAUGAUGGCCAGCC